GCGGCUCCACCCCUUGGAUCCACGUGGUGGGCAGCGUUCCGCGCAGGUCCUGCGUGGGCCCCUCCGGAGCUGGAAUGGCGGGUACCCAGGCCUGCAGUGCCACUCGGUUCUCCUGCCCUCCCCACUUCACGGAGAUGUCGCCAGACUCGGAACCCUCCCGUUUCUCCUUGGAGGCGCUUACAGGUCCAGAUACAGAACUGUGGCUUAUCCAAGCCCCUGCAGACUUCGCCCCACAAUGUCUCAAUGGGCGGCGUGUACCUCUUUCUGGCUCCAAGACUGUUAAGGGCAAACUGGAUGGCAAGAAGCACCGAUACCGGGUAUUUACCAGCAGUCCCCAGGCCCGAGAAGCCACCUUGCUCGCAUCUUCAUCAGAGGCAGGUGGCAGACUCACCUGCGCCCCGGCCCCCAGUGGGAGCUUAAGGAUCAUGGAGGGUCCUCAAGAAUAUCUUCUCUCUCGGGUCCCCCUGCAGCUGAUCCCUACAAGUCUGCCACCUCAGAUCCCUGCUGGCCUGCGGCCUCGCUUCUCCGCCUUUGGCGGCAGCCCUCCCGUCACGGGGCCAGGUUCAGCCUCAGCUCUGAGGUCACCAACUUCAGGGAAGAGGAAAAGUACAAGAAAGGGUACAGAUGCCUCCUCAGACACUCAGGAGGCUGUGAACAGGCACGGGGCCAUGGAAGUAAAAACAGCCUUGGGUAACCUAGGAGUGAGUGUGAAGAAGAGAAAGAGGUAUUUCAUGCAGGAGGAGAUGGAAGCCAAGACAAUGGAGCCCGUGGCAGAGCUGCCAGUCCCAUCUGCCACCAGCAGCAAGAAGAGGAAGAAGUCCAAGGGGACAGAGACAUCCCAGGUGGAGCACACAGAACCUGUGGCUCAAACAGAGCCUCCUGAGGGGACCUUCCUGUUCCCCACCAAAAAGAGGAAGAGGCAGAAGGAAGCUGAUGGGACAGAGGAAGUGGAUGGUAUAGUGGCUGACUCUCAGCCACAGGUCAUUGUGGAAGCCCAGGAGGAAACCAUCCUCCUGUCCCCCACAAAGAAGAGGAGAAAGGAAAAGAGACAGAAUUUGGGGAUGGAGGCAGAGAUGGGGCCCCCUGGAGUACUCAUGGUGACCGAACAUUCAGAACAUGGGCUCCAGGCUGAAGUAGCUCUUGUGUCCCCCAAGAAGACAAAGAAGAAAAAGGGAAAGCGGGUGGGUGAGACAGAGGCUGCACUUCCAGAUGACUUUGAGCCCCAGGGGGCUCUAGCACCCAGCAAGAAAAAAGAGAGAGGCGCACGCCUUUAAUCCCAGCACUGGGCAGGCAGAGGCAGGCAGAUUUCUGAGUUCGAGGCCAGCCUGGUCUACAAAGAGUUCUAGGACAGCCAGGGCUACACAGAGAAACCCUGUCUCAAAAAACCAAAAAAAAAAAAAAAAAAAGAAAGAAAGAAAAAAGAGAGGACAGAAAGCAAUGGAGCCCGGGUCUAAGGUGAUUGACCCAAGACAAUCCGAGGAACCAGAGCCCAAGGCCAGUCAAAGAUCCUCCAAGAAGAAAAAGAGGGAUCAGGAAACUGAGGUGCAAGACACCAUUCCCCAAUGAGAGAUGUCUUCCACGGACAGGAGAAGCAGCAGAGGAGACUUGCACAGGAGCCGUAAUAACACCCUGGGGAAGGGGAGAAGGAGGGACUCGCCAGGCUGAGGUCAGAAACCAGCUGUAUAGACACUCCCUGCCCCUCCCCCAAGCAAACACGCAGAGCCACUGGAGCCUGGGCAUGGAAAAUUCUUUAUUGUGACACUGGGCCUAGGUGGCAGCAGGUCAUCGAGGCACUUUGAGGAAGGGUUCGUGUAGUACUUCAAAGAGCCUGCGGGCCUGGGGGCAAGGGGAGAAGAGAACCUGUCAUUAAAGCUGUCGCUGGCCCGCCUGUUUGGAAUGGGGUUCUGCCUCUUAUUCUCCUGGCUGAGGAGCUUCGGGUGUCUGGGUUCUACAUGAGGCUGGCCCGGAGGUGGAUGGAAAUGGACCUAAAAACUAGUACAUCGCUGGGCGUGGUGGCGCACGCCUUUGAUCCCAGCAUUCGGGAGGCAAAGGCAGGUGGAUUUCGGAGUUCAAGGCCAGCCUGGUCUACCCAGAAACCCUGUCUCAAAAAACAAAAACAAAAACUAGUACAUCGCUGGGCGGUGGUGGUGCACACCUUUGAUCCCAGCACUCGGGAAGCUGAGGCAGGAGGAUCGGAAGUGCAAGGCCAGCCUCAGCUACAUUAAGUAAAUAAAACAAACCAACAAAA